GUAAUUCUUGAAUAAAUCAGCGCUGCAAAAUCACGGCUUCCAUCUCUUCAAUAUCCAUUUCUCAGUACAUCCAAUUCACGUUCUUCUCACACAGGAUCUCGAUCUGUUCAACGAUUUCGCCGAUGGAUUCUUCAAUCAAAUCAGGCACGCCGGCCAAGACUAAAAUAGCACUGAUCACCGGCAUUACUGGCCAAGACGGAUCAUACCUCACAGAAUUACUCCUGAGCAAGGCCUACGAGGUCCACGGCCUCAUCCGCAGAUCUUCCAAUUUCAACACUCAGAGGAUCAAUCACAUCUACAUCGAUCCCCACAAUGCCAACAAAGCCCGUAUGAAGCUCCACUACGCUGACCUCAGCGACGCGUCCUCCCUCCGCCGCUGGCUCGAUGUCAUCCUUCCCGACGAGGUCUACAACCUCGCUGCCCAGUCACACGUCGCCGUCUCUUUUGAAAUCCCUGAUUAUACGGCAGAUGUUGUAGCCACCGGCGCGCUCCGCCUCCUAGAGGCUGUGCGGUCCCACAUAUCCGCCACAGGCAGGUCCCACAUCAAGUACUACCAGGCUGGGUCAUCGGAGAUGUUCGGAUCCACGCCACCGCCCCAGUCUGAGUCCACCCCUUUCCACCCAAGAUCUCCCUACGCAGCAUCCAAAUGUGCCGCUCAUUGGUACACGGUGAAUUACCGCGAGGCGUAUGGGAUAUUCGCCUGCAAUGGCAUCCUCUUCAACCAUGAAUCCCCGAGGCGCGGCGAGAAUUUCGUGACUAGGAAGAUCACACGGGCGGUCGGGCGCAUCAAGGUCGGGCUCCAGAACAAGCUGUUUCUGGGGAACUUACAGGCAUCAAGAGACUGGGGUUUUGCCGGGGACUACGUGGAGGCAAUGUGGAUGAUGCUACAGCAGGAGGAGCCGGACGAUUACGUGGUGGCCACAGAGGAGUCUCACACAGUACAGGAGUUCCUGGAAGAGGCAUUUGGCUAUGUUGGGCUGAACUGGAAAGAUCACGUGGAGAUCGACAAGCGAUACUUCAGGCCUGCAGAGGUGGACAAUCUCAAAGGGGAUGCGACCAAGGCAAAGAAGGUGCUGGGCUGGAAACCCAAAGUGGGGUUCCAGCAACUGGUGAAGAUGAUGGUGGAUGAAGAUGUGGAUCUUGCCAAGAGGGAGAAGGUGCUUGUUGAUGCUGGAUACAUUGAUGCCCAGCAACAGCCUUAAUUCGCAUUCAUUCACUUUCAGUCCAAGGGUGAGGGUUAGCUAUAUAUUCACAGUUUUUUUAUAACAAUCAUCUACUUCUGUUAUUACAUUGUUCGAAUGAAGAUAUCUAGAGGGGAGGGAGAGAGGUCUACCAUUAGAAGAACCAAUGUACUUUGUUUGAGUCAUCCUUUACCAUUCUGAAAUGCAAUUUGAAAUUUUGUUAAG